UUAAACAAUAUAAAUAACCGGAAAGGAACAGAUAAUAUACAACCAAUACCAAAAGGAAUAUUUAAAUCAAACACGGUAGAUGCAGAAACCAGUCCUUCGGAGGUCAAGAUGACUAUUAAUAAUGAGGAAAAGAAUAGUGAAAAUUGUGAUACAAAUUCAGGGCAAACUGGUAAUUCUGAUAAUAUACCAAAAACAAAAAGACCUGAAAUUCUUGAAACUGUACCUUCUAAAAUAAAGCAAAAGUCUAUGACGAUUACAAUUACAAAUGAUAAUGAAUCAGCCGAUGGUAAUUUUAAUGAUUUACCUAAAUCUGUUAAUAAAAUGGGAAACACAGAAAUUAUUGAUACCAUUCCCAGUCCGUCGCAGAUUGAAUCUGUGGAAGUAACAGACGAAGGCGAAGAUAGUGAGAGAAAAGACGUAUCACGCGAGGAAUCUGAUUGUGAGCUGGAUAACACUGAAGAAAAUGACAGUACUUCAAUUAAUAAUUCUGAUGGAAGUGAUCGUGAUGAUAUAAGUAAUGGUGAAUUUGAGAAUAAUAAUGAAAAUUCUGAUGAAACAAACUUUACAGAUGACUCAGAUAUGCGAACAAUAGAUUCUGAAGAAACCUGUUUUGAGGACUCUGUUGAUCAACAAGAUACUGUACCCGAUAAUAGUAAUAAUUCGCCAAAGGUAUUUGAAACAGAUGACCAACGUUCUGAUUCCGAUAUAGUACCGGAUGACGGCAACUCCAAAGAAGACUGUGUCGAUGACAUUCACAAUCAAAAAUCAGUUAUAGAUACAAAACAAAGGGAUGAAAAUAUUGAAUUUAAUAGGCUAAAUCUGCUUAAAGAAGAUAUUUUAAGAAAGCUUAAUAAAUUAAAAAACCCUAAUAACAAAAUAAAUGAAGAAGGCUCAAGAAAAUGUGAAGAUGAAAGAAAUACUGAUACAAAUAAAACUGUUGCAUUAGAUAACGUUACCUCUAAAACCCUUGAGAUACAGGAUUUACAAAACAUGUCGGAUAAACUACUAGAUUUGAGUAAUAAAAAAGAUCAAGUUGUCGAUGCUUCUGAAAAAGUUUCUUGUAAAAACGACCAUAUUAGUACAGUUACUAAUUCAGAUAUUGAGAAUGUUGAUGACAAUCGUUCAAUGAAUGAUAUUGAGGAAAUUUCUCAGAGCACAGAAGAUGUAGAAAAUAAUGUUCCUGAAUUUGGCUCCACUACGGAAAAAAUUAUUGAGCAUGAUGAAGAUGUAAAUAAACAAUUUUCAUGCACAUCAAAUUUAGAUACAAAAAUUACUUCUGUUUCCCGAAAUAACUUAAAUAAUGAAAUGAUAGGUGAUGCAAGUAAUCCUUUCAUAAAUAAAGUAAUACCUGAAAGUGGAAAUAAACCAUCUUUACUUCAUAAUAUUUUACGUCCAACAGAUAAGAAAAAUUUGUCUAGUAUUUUGCAACCAAACUUUGAAUUAUUUAAUAACGAUGAACAAAGUAUAGUAGAUAAUUCGAAUACCAUGUCAGGAGAUGCUAGUACUCCAACUUUGUCAUCUGUUCUGCCUAAAUUCCAACCUUUAGAAAAUAUUGAUUUAGACAUAUUUCAACUAAGACCAUUACUUGGUCCACAUGAAUUGCUAUCUAAAGUACCUCGUUUAAAUUUUAACAAUUAUAAAGCUAAAUUGGCUGUUCCAAAAGGUUUUCAUUUGAAACCAAUGAAACUGGAAUCAUCUCUGGGUGACAAAAAUGGAUUACUCGGUGCAGCUUUGACAGUCGGAUCGGAUAAGCCUUUUAGGACAGGUUCUAGCUUGUUUAGUGGUCCUUUGGGAUUAAACAAUCUACCGAGUCUUGAAGAGUUACAUUCUAAUAUGAGAGAAAAUGCACAAAAUCUUUUAUUAACGCCUUUAGACAUCACGGGCAGAAAUUUAAUUGAUGACUCCCUGCGAUCAACUCAAACACUUACUGAUAAUAUUAGAUCACAUGCCAAAAAUACCAUGAAGGAUAUUCAUCAGUCUUUUGAGACUACACUAAAAGACGUAAAACAAAGCGAUUUAGGAAUAUUGGCUGAUCCGUUGAGAGAUCCCAAGGAGUUUUUUGAGGCUAUGUCCAGGACACAUGAAGAUGUAUCCGAUAAACUCAAGGCAAUCCACUACGAUUUAAAUGACCGCUUAGAGUCUAUACGUGAUCGUAUUACUGAUCAGUCAUUGCUCCCAACUUUGAGUAUGCCAAUGCAAAGUACUUUGACGUUUGGACCAGAAAAAAUUAAAGAAAGGACAUCAUUUUCAAGCUCUUACAGCAAACCUGGGAAGAAGUUGAAAGCUAUAGUGAAAUCUAAACCCCAGACUAUCUCAAGAGCUAGUUCACGCAAAAAACCAAUUAGGAAUAAAAACAUUAAAAUGCCAGCAGCUCCAAGCAUUAAUGUACCAAAAACUGUAAAAGCACCGAAACUUAGAACAGUUACUACAUCUUCACCACCACCCUUCAUAUUAAAAUACCCUAGUCUGAGAACCUCGUCACUGCUGACCAAUAAAAACCCUAUAACGGACUUUUUACAUGAACCUGUUAGUAAUUUCAGAGAUAAUACCAGGGUCCCUGUGUUAGGAAAAUUUAAACCGGCAGAAAACAAAGUGAAAAUAUCCUUUGGAAGUACUACACUAAGACCCGAUUUUACUAUUAAAAAACCCAACAUAGGUUUUAGACCAACAGUACCGAGAAGGCCAAUACUAUCAACAAAGUUAAAAGGCGGUGAUUCUAAAAUAGGUUCUAAACUAAGACCAUUUGAUACCAAUGGAGCUCCGAGUGAAAUUGCAUCCACUAGACUGAAGCCACCAGUUAUCACUGAAAGAAUUGAAGAGCAAAGGCCAUUAAAUAAAAUUAAUACCGGAUUAACUAAGUCCAGACCUAUAAUGAUUAAAUCUAUACCUCCUAAUAACGACGGCAAAUUUACAAACGCACACGGCGGUAGACAAUUUUCCCCAGAUAAAAGCGCAAAAGAGUCUAACAAUCCAACUUUGGCAAAUUCUAGGCCUCUAGGGUCACCUAAGAAUGCGGACAUAUUAGCUUCUCUCAGAGAAGCUGUAAGGGCUAGGUUAUCUAAUAUAACUCCAUUGAAUAAUGAUAAAAUUGUACAACCAACGAACAUUCAGUCAGAUAUGUUAAGAUCAGCUUCGGAAAAUGUUGUUUCAACUAAUGUAGAUCGUUUGAUGAAAGAAAAUGCUUCUUAUACUUGUAAAAUGAUGUGUACUAGAAAUCAUUAAAUUAGAUUGGAUUGUAUGUAUGUUUGUUACUGUGAUUGUCAAGUUACAAAGAACAUCAUAGUAUAAUUUGCCUUACAGUGAUCUGAUAAAACUUAUUAAGAAUGUAAGACUGUUGAUAUAAAUGAUUAUAUG